CAGACAUAGCUCUGCAAGAUCUCAGCUCUGCUAGUUAUCAACAGUCUCCAGAUUGACGGCCUACAAGGUUAAUCAAACCAUGCCUUCUUGGAGCAGGACAGUGAGAGAGAGAUAUGGAGUAGCUAUUUCCAAUUUUGAGGCCCAGAAGGAUCGUCAUCUCUCCCUGUACAUCGGAGAUACAGUGCAAAUCCUGGAAAAGUGUGAAGGAUGGUAUAAAGGAUGCUUGGUGAAAAACAAGUCACAACUGGGUGUGUUCCCAGCAUCAUUUGUACAUGUCAAAGAAGCUAUCGUGGAGAAAAGAGGAAACGUGGAGAAUGUUUCCUCUGCUGAAAUGCCAUUGGUGCAGGAGGUCACCACCACUCUGCGGGAGUGGGGUAACAUCUGGAAACAACUCUAUACGGCUGGUAAGAAGAACAGGUUCAAGCAAGUCCGCACUAUGAUGUUCGACUUGAUGGAAUGGCGAUCACAGCUGCUCUCGGGGACACUGCCAAAGGAUGAACUGAAGGAACUGAAGCAGAAAGUCACUUCCAGAAUAGAUUAUGGGAAUAGGAUACUUGAACUUGACCUUGUGGUCAGAGAUGAGAAUGGCAAUAUUAUGGACCCGGACAAGACGAGUGUCAUCAGCCUAUUCCACGCCCAUGAGCAGGCCACAAAGCAAAUCACCGAGCGGAUAAAGGAAGAAAUGUCUCAGACCCAAACUGACAGCUGCACCUUUGCCCGUAUGGCAUCAUCCCCAACUCACGGCCUGUAUGUGUUUGUACGAAACUUUGUGUGUCGAAUAGGAGAGGAUUCUGAACUCUUCAUGGCUUUGUACGAUCCACAGAAACAGUCAAUCAUCAGUGAGAAUUACUUAGUGCGAUGGGGAAGUAAAGGACUGCCAAAAGAAAUUGACAUGUUGAACAAUCUGAAAGUGGUGUUCACUGAUCUAGGAAACAAGGAUUUGAAUCGGGAUAAAAUUUAUCUGAUUUGCCAAAUAGUUCGAGUUGGGAAGAUGGACCUGAAGGAAACAACCCAGAAGAAAUGCACUCAAGGGUUAAGACGGCCCUUUGGAGUGGCAGUUAUGGACAUCACUGAUAUUGUGAAAGGCAAAGCAGAAAGUGAUGAAGAGAAGCAGCAUUUUAUUCCUUUCCAUCCAUUUCUGGCAGAGAAUGAUUUUCUGCACUCUUUACUUAAUCGAGUUAUUUCUACCAAAACCGGGGAUGAAAAAGGACAAGGUCUCUGGGUGACAAUGAAAAUGUUGGUAGGGGAUGUGUCCCAGAUCAGGAAGGAUUAUCCACAUCUAGUGGACAGGAACACAGUGGUUGCCAGGAAGCUGGGAUUCCCGGAGAUCAUCAUGCCAGGUGAUGUGAGGAAUGACAUUUACAUCAACAUUCAGUAUGGAGAUUUUGACAAGUACAACAAGACCACCCAGAAGAAUGUGGAAGUGAUAAUGUGUGUCUGCAAUGAAGAAGGCAAAAUUAUUCCGAAUUCCAUUUGCUUAGGAGCAGGAGACAAGCUGGUCAGUGAAUACCGAUCGGUCAUCUACUAUCAGGUUAAACAGCCGCGUUGGAUGGAGACGAUCAAGUUGGCUAUUCCAAUGGAAGAAAUGCAAAGAAUACACCUGAGGUUUAUGUUUAGACACAGAUCAUCACAAGAAUCAAAAGAUAAAAGUGAGAAAAAUUUUGCAAUGGCCUUCGUAAGGCUGAUGAAAGAUGACGGUACGACAUUGCAGGAUGGUAGUCAUGAAUUGCUGGUGUACAAGGGUGACAGCAAGAAGAUGGAAGAUGCCAGUAUAUACUCCAGGCUGCAAUCUACCCGUCAAGCCUCAGAUUAUAAAGGCUCCACACUCAGCCGCAGUAAUACAAAUGCAGGUCUCUCCAACAGUUUCAGAGACACCUUCGUCAUCACUUCACUUGUGUGCUCCACAAAACUCACACAGAAUGUGGGCCUGCUGGGCCUCCUGAAGUGGAGAAUGAAACCAGAACUCUUGGAAGAAAACCUGGAGAAACUGAAGAUAGUGGAUGGGGAAGAGAUAGUUAAGUUCCUUCAGGACACUCUGGAUGCACUCUUCAACAUCAUGAUGGAGCAUUCUCACACAGAGAAAUAUGACAUCCUCGUAUUUGAUGCUUUGAUAUACAUAAUAGGGCUGAUUGCGGACCGGAAAUUCCAACAUUUCAAUGCUGUCCUUGAAGCCUACAUCAAGCAACAUUUCAGUGCUACCUUGGCUUAUAAAAAGCUGAUGACAGUGUUGAAGACCUACCUGGAUAUAUGUUGUGAAGGCAAACAAUGUGAACCAAUCUUACGGACUUUGAAAGCACUGGAGUACAUCUUUAAGUUCAUUGUGAGGUCACGAUCAUUAUUUGCACAACUGUAUGAGGAGAAGGAACAAGCCGAGUUUGAAGAAUCACUGAAAAAGCUGUUUGAAUCCAUCAACAACCUGAUGAAGAGCCAGCAAGGGACGACAAUUCUGCUGCAGGUUGCGUCUUUGAAGUACUUACCCUCUGUGCUGCAUGAUGUUGAGACAGUCUUUGACGUCAAAUUAUUGAGCCAGCUCCUAUUGGAGUUUUACACUGGUAUCCCACCCAAUAAGUUACAGAAACAGAAGAUCCAGUCCCUGACUGAUAUUGUACGGAGUGAGCUCUUCAAGAAGAAAGAAUGCCGGGACGUACUGCUCCCCAUGAUGACCGACGAGCUGAAGACCCUGUUGGUGCAGAAGGAUGAGCAGCAUCAAGAGCUGAAAUACUGCAUCGAACUACUCAACAGCAUUCUUGAGGUGCUGAGUGAACCCAGUGAGGCCUCAACUCACAGCCAUCUUCAGGGAAUCAUAAAUAAUUUGCUACGAACUGUGAACCAGACGAUUAUUAAGAUGGGAGACCACAAACUGGUUAGUAACUUUGUGGCAUGUAUGACUGCAAUACUCAAACAGAUGAGUAAUGAACAUUAUUCCUGUUAUCUGGAAUCCUUCCGCACUAACCAAGACUUGGUCGAUUUCUUCAUGGAAACUUUCAUCUUGUUCAUGGAUCUGAUAAAAAAGAAUGUUUACCCUGCUGAUUGGAUGGCUAUGAGUAUGGUGCAAAACAGAGUGUUUUUACGAGCCAUCAACAAGUUUGCAGAAACCAUGAACCAAAGAUUCUUGGAGAACAUGAAUUUUGAGCAACAGCUGUGGAAUAACUACUUUCUUCUGGCUGUGGUCUUCAUUACCCAAGAUUCACUGCAGCUGGAACACUUUUCUCAGGCUAAAUGCACCAAGAUCUUGAACAAGUACGGGGACAUGAGGCGUCAGAUUGGGUUUGAUAUUCGUGACAUGUGGUACGAGCUUGCACAGAACAAAAUCCACUUCAUCCCGGAGAUGGUCGGUCCAAUCCUAGAAAUGACCCUGAUUCCAGAGGUUGAACUUCGCAAGGCCACGAUCCCGAUCUUCUUUGACAUGAUGCUCUGCGAGUACUCUGUGUUCAAUAACUUCAGGAAGUUCGAAGAUGAGAUCAUCUUGAAAUUGGAUCAUGCGGUGGAAGGUGGAUGUGGUGAUGAACAAUACAUGCAGCUCUUCCAGACAAUCCUUCUGGAAUAUGCUUCAAAACAUCCGAACAUUGCAAAGUCAGUGCAACACUUUGUCAGCCUGGUCAAGGGUCUCCUGGAGAAACUACUGGACUACAGAUUGGUGAUGAGCGAUGAGAGCAGGGGAAACCGCAUGAGCUGCACUGUCAACCUGCUGAAUUUCUACAAGGAUAUUAAUCGGGAAGAGAUGUACAUAAGAUAUCUGUACAAGCUUCGAGAUUUGCACCUGGAAUGUGACAACUACACCGAGGCUGCUUACACACUGCUCUUGCAUGCUAAACUACUCAAGUGGUCUGAUGAGCAAUGUACAUCCCACGUUAUGCCAAGGGAUUUUCAGAUCUCGCAAACGCAGCGGCAGCUGAAGGAGAGCCUGUACAAAACCAUCAUUAAUUACUUUGACAAGGGAAAGAUGUGGGAGGAAGCCUUGAACCUCUGCAAAGAGCUGGCAGAACAGUUUGAAAUGGAAAUUUUUGACUACGAGCUUCUCAGCCAGAACCUGAAACAGCAAGCUACAUUCUACGAGAACAUCAUGAAAAUCUUGCGGCCAACUCCUGAUUACUUCGCCGUGGGUUUUUAUGGCCGUGGUUUUCCACUAUUCCUCAGGAACAAGGUAUUUAUCUACCGUGGGAAGGAGUAUGAGCGGAGAGAAGACUUUCAAAGUCAGUUGAUGACAGAGUUUCCAAAUGCAGAGAGGAUGAACACAACAUCGCCUCCAGGAAACGACAUCAAAAACUCCCCGGGACAAUUCAUUCAGUGCUUCACUGUCCAACCAGUCCUUGAGGAACAGUCCCGUUUCAAGAACAAACCAGUGCCUGACCAGGUUAUCAACUUCUACAAGGCAAAUUAUGUCCAGAAGUUUCAGUACUCAAGGCCAGUCCGGAAAGGAGUAGUGGACCCAGACAAUGAAUUUGCUUCCAUGUGGAUUGAGAGGACCACCUUCCUCACAGUUUAUAAACUACCUGGCAUUCUCCGUUGGUUUGAAGUCAAUUCUAUUUCUCCUAGCACCAUCAGCCCCCUGGAAAAUGCAAUUGAGACAAUGGAGAAAACUAAUGAGAAGAUCCUAACCUUGAUCACCCAGUACCAAGGGGAUGACCACCUCCCCAUCAACCCACUCUCCAUGCUGCUCAACGGUAUUGUGGAUCCAGCAGUCAUGGGUGGAUUUGCUAAAUAUGAGAAGGCUUUCUUCACAGAGACUUAUUCAAAUGAGCACCCAGAAGACUGGGAGAAACUGGCUCGAUUAAAGGAUCUUAUAGCAUGGCAGCUGCCGCUGCUUGGAGCAGGGAUAAAACUUCAUGGGAAGAGGGUGUUGGAUGACCUUCGGCCAUUCCAUGAUCGGAUGGAGGAAUGCUUCAAGCAGCUAAAGAUCAAAGUAGAGAAGGAGUAUGGAACAAGGGAGCUGCCAGAUAUGGAUGACAAAAGGACAAGUCGGCCAAGAUCCAUGCUGAGGUCCUACCGACAGGUGUCCAUGAUCUCUCUCUGCUCCAUCAACAUCGAAGGCAGCACGUCAACCAAAGGGAAUGCCGACGGCAGUAUUAGUCCAGACAGCCCGAGACCAAAGACACCAAUCCUGAAGGUGGAAGAGAAGGCAUCCGAUCGAGCCAUCAAGGAGGAAGGGGAGAUCAAACUAAGGAAGGAGAGAAAGCGGCAGAAGAGGAGCAGUGUGGUGUUUGCAGAUAGCAAGACAGAGAUGACAGAGUCAAAAAGGCUGUCAAGGAAGCAGGAGUUUAUGAGUGACACAAACCUGUCAGACCAGGUUGAGAAGCAUCCAACUUCAAUGCUGAAGCAGAUGAGUUUUGCCAGCAGAUCGAUGCCAACAAUCCCAGCUCUAAUUUUUGCUGUGGCAAAUGGAGGCGAGGAACAAAGCUUCGAGCAGAAUGCGAUGAAGAGGAUGAGUCAACCGAUGUUUGUGUUGGCUGCUGAGGAGAAUGAGGGAGACAAAAAGGGCACCCUCAAAAGCAAAAAAGCUUCAUUUUUUAAGAACCGGCUGAGCUCAAAAAGCUCAGAAGACAAGUAAUCCAGGGAUAAGUUUCCUCUACGGGUCCAUGAAUGGGGUUGGUUAGUAUGGCCUGCCUGAUUCCAAGGAAACAUAGCACUUGUCACAGUCGUCUCACUGCAAACAGAAAAACAGUUCUAAACCUCAUUGGUGCAUCUUUCAUUCAACCCACUGAACUUUAUUUUUGUUUUAAAAGCUCGUGUUCAGUAACAUUAGCCCAAGUCUGCUGGGAUUCUGACGAAUCAAUCGUGUUGAAAGAUUCCGGCGUGGUUGGGCCUCUCAUAUAAUAUUCAUCUUCCAGAGGAAACAAGGAUUACUAUGGCAACACAAAGUCAGCAAUUAUUUCAGUGGUACACUUGGACAAAGUCAAUUCCCAAAGGCUUUGGGAAUCUAAAGCAUGAAAUCCAUGUGAGUCCAUGUUGUUUCAAGAUCUAAGCUGAGGCCAAAAUUUGUUAAUUUCACAUUAUUUCUCGGUACUGAUUAAAAUCAUACUGUCUGAU